AUGCAAGGCUUUCUACUUCUACCAUUGGUUGUGGUAGCUGUUAACUGUGAUACACUUUAUUUCCAUCCCAAGGAGAACCCAGCUGUUCCAGGGGUUCAGUGUCAGGAUGGGAAAUCCUUCUGUCCAGAUGGAAGCACCUGCUGUGUCCAGGAAUCUGGAGAAUAUGGAUGCUGUCCUCUGGCUAAUAAAGUUUCACUGAAGUUGGAAAGCGUAGUUUGUCCUGAUGGUCAGCACGAAUGUAAAGAUGGACAAACUUGCUGUAAGCUGUCCAGUGGGCAAUGGGGAUGCUGUCCAAUACCAAAGGCUGUAUGCUGUAGUGAUGGUAGACACUGCUGUCCCUCUGGGACUACAUGUGAGGUGUCCUCAGGGAAAUGUAAAAGAGGGUCCAGUGUAGUCACGGACUGGAUUGAGAAACAACCUGCUCUGCUGAGGUCAGAAAAUGUGGUUUGUCCUGAUGGACAGCACGAGUGUAAGUCUGGACAGACAUGCUGUAAACUGUCCAGUGGACAGUGGGGAUGUUGUCCAAUACCAAAUGCUGUAUGCUGUAGCGAUGGUAAACACUGUUGUCCUUCUGGGACUACGUGUGACGUUUCCUCAGGAAAGUGUCAAAGAGGGUCCAGUUUAGUCACGGACUGGUUUGAGAAAGAACCUGCUCUACUGAGGUCAGAAAGCGUAAAAUGUCCUGAUGGACAGCAUGAGUGUAAGACUGGGCAGACCUGCUGUAAACUGUCCAGUGGACAAUGGGGAUGUUGUCCCUUGCCAAAGGCAGUCUGCUGUAGUGAUGGUAAACAUUGUUGUCCAGAGGCGACUACUUGUGAUACUGGUACAGGAAAAUGUAAGAGAGGGAACCAGUUGAUAAUGGACUGGAUGGAAAAACAACCUGCUCUGAGAAGAUCAGAAAACGUGGUCUGUCCUGAUGGUCAGCAUGAGUGUAAAGAUGGACAAACUUGCUGUAAACUGUCCAGUGGAGGUUAUGGGUGUUGUCCACUUCCAAAGGCUGUUUGCUGUAGUGAUGGGAAACACUGUUGUCCUUCUGGGACUACAUGUGAGGUGUCCUCAGGAAAAUGUAAAAGAGGAUCCAGUUUACUCACGGACUGGUUUGAGAAACAACCUGCUCUAUUGAGGUCAGAAAAUGUGGUUUGUCCUGAUGGUCAACAUGAGUGUAAGACUGAUCAAACUUGCUGUAAACUGUCCAGUGGAAGUUAUGGGUGUUGUCCUGUACCAAAUGCUGUAUGCUGUAGCGAUGGUAAACACUGCUGUCCUUCUGGGACUACAUGUGAUGUUUCCUCAGGAAAGUGUCAAAGAGGGUCCAGUUUAGUCAUGGACUGGUUUGAGAAACAACCUGCUCUACUGAGGUCAGAAAAUGUGGUUUGUCCUGAUGGUCAGUCAGAAUGUGAGACGGGACAGACUUGCUGUAAAUUGUCCAGUGGACAGUAUGGAUGUUGUCCUCUACCUAAGGCUGUGUGCUGUAGUGAUGGGAAACACUGCUGUGCAGAGGGGACAACUUGUGAGGUGUCCUCAGGAAAAUGUAAAAGAGGGUCCAGUUUAGUCAUGGACUGGUUUGAGAAACAACCUGCUCUGCUGAGGUUUGAAAAUGUGGUUUGUCCUGAUGGUCAGCAUGAAUGUAGGACUGGACAAACUUGCUGUAAACUAUCUAGUGGAAGUUAUGGGUGUUGUCCAAUACCAAAUGCUGUGUGCUGUAGUGAUGGGAAGCAUUGCUGUCCACAGAACACUCAGUGUCAAGUCUCCUCUGGGAAGUGUAUCAGAGGUGAUAGUCUGGAACUUCAUUGGAUUGAGAAGGUUCCAGCCGCCAGAUAUCCCCAGGGAGAAACAUCCUCUGUCAUGUGUCCUGAUGGAGCCUCCGAAUGUAAGGAUGGUCAGACAUGUUGUCUGUUGGCCAGUGGGAAAUAUGGAUGUUGCCCAAUCCAGGAUGCUGUCUGUUGUUCCGAUCAUAUUCACUGCUGCCCACAAGGAACAACAUGUGACCUUCAGGAAAAGAAAUGCAUAGGACAAGGAGAAAGUUUGGGAAUAAUUAGCAUGGACAUGGUGCAUAUAAAGGAGGGAAAAUCCCAAGAAUCCCAUCACUUGAUCCCACUGACAGCAAACAAAGAAUGUCCUGAUGGCCAAUCGGAAUGCAAGACAGGCCAGACCUGUUGUAAACUAGCUAGUGGAAAAUAUGGGUGCUGCCCACUGCCAAAGGCAGUGUGCUGUGCUGACAUGAAGCACUGCUGCCCCGAGGGAAGCACCUGUGAAGUGUCCUCUGGGAAGUGUAAGAGAGGAGAUAAUAUACUGAUGGACUGGUUCCAGAAACUGCCUGCAGUGGUCAAGGCAGAAAGUGUGAUAUGUCCCGAUGGUCAGCAUGAAUGUAAGGAUGGACAGACCUGCUGUAAGACUGCCAGUGGACAAUGGGGAUGUUGUCCAGUACCAAAUGCUGUAUGCUGUAGUGAUGGUAAACACUGCUGUCCUUCUGGGACUCAAUGUGAGGUGUCCUCAGGAAAAUGUAAAAGAGGGUCCAGUUUAGUCACGGACUGGUUUGAGAAACAGCCUGCUCUACUGAGGUCAGAAAAUGUGGUUUGUCCUGAUGGUCAACAUGAAUGUAAAGAUGGACAGACUUGCUGUAAACUGUCCAGUGGACAGUGGGGAUGUUGUCCAAUACCAAAUGCUGUAUGCUGUAGUGAUGGUAGACACUGUUGUCCUUCUGGGACUACAUGUGACGUUUCCUCAGGAAAGUGUCAAAGAGGGUCCAGUUUAGUCAUGGACUGGUUUGAGAAACAACCUGCUCUACUGAGGUCAGAAAAUGUGGUUUGUCCUGAUGGUCAACAUGAAUGUAAAGAUGGACAGACUUGCUGUAAACUGUCCAGUGGACAGUGGGGAUGUUGUCCAAUACCAAAUGCUGUGUGCUGUAGUGAUGGUAAACACUGUUGUCCCUCUGGGACUACAUGUGAGGUGUCCUCAGGAAAGUGUCAAAGAGGGUCCAAUUUAGUCAUGGACUGGUUUGAGAAACAACCUGCUCUACUGAGGUCUGAAAAUGUGGUUUGUCCUGAUGGUCAACAUGAAUGUAAAGAUGGACAGACUUGCUGUAAACUGUCCAGUGGACAGUGGGGAUGUUGUCCAAUACCAAAUGCUGUGUGCUGUAGUGAUGGUAAACAUUGCUGUCCUUCUGGGACUCAAUGUGAGGUGUCCUCAGGAAAAUGUAAAAGAGGGUCAAGUUUAGUCACGGACUGGUUUGAGAAACAACCUGCUCUACUGAGGUCAGAAAAUGUGGUUUGUCCUGAUGGUCAACAUGAAUGUAAAGAUGGACAGACUUGCUGUAAACUGUCCAGUGGACAGUGGGGAUGUUGUCCAAUACCAAAGGCUGUGUGCUGUAGUGAUGGUAAACAUUGCUGUCCUUCUGGGACUCAAUGUGAGGUGUCCUCAGGAAAAUGUAAAAGAGGGUCAAGUUUAGUCAUGGACUGGUUUGAGAAACAAACUGCUCUACUGAGGUCAGAAAAUGUGGUCUGUCCUGAUGGUCAGCAUGAGUGCAAGGAUAGACAGACUUGCUGUAAAACUGCUAGUGGACAGUGGGGAUGUUGUCCCUUACCAAAGGCUGUAUGCUGUAGUGAUGGUAAACACUGCUGCCCUUCUGGGACUACUUGUGAAGUGUCCUCAGGAAAGUGUCAAAGAGGGUCCAGUUUAGUCAUGGACUGGUUUGAGAAACAACCUGCUCAUAAGAGACCUCAUAUAGAAACAAAAAACACCAAAAAAGAAAAUAGUGUUGUUUGUCCUGAUCAGACAACAAGCUGUCCAGACAAAAAUACAUGCUGCAAAAAUAAAGAAGGCAAAUUUGGGUGCUGUGCAUAUAAUCAUGCUGUUUGCUGCAAGAGCGGCACAUACUGCUGCCCCAAGGGCUACAUCUGUGAUACUCUACCAGAAAUCUGUAGGAUGCCGGAGGCCAAAGAAGCCUGGAGAAAUACUGCCAAUAUCUUUAUACAGAACAUAAUAAAGAAAAGGAUCGAUCUGCCAUAAAAUAAUGUGGUUAUAUAGGCUCAAUUGAUAUACGAGGGCUGUUCAAAAAUUAUUGAGACCACAAAGGAAAGAGAUAAAUUCAUAAAAAUUCGUCAACGUUUUUUACAGAACAAAUAAAACAAAUGUACAAAAUUUGUAAUUUAUAGGAUAAUUAAAUAAAUUCCGGUGAAAUUAUAAAAAAGCAUAUGUCUAUUGACCUGGAGCAGCAUCGCUACGUCAUUUUAACGUCAGGUCAGCCGAUAUAUUCUCAUUCUGAAAUGAUCAGGAAGCGUUCAAUCUACUUUCUCUGUCAUUACAUAUAACAUUUCAAAAAUCAAACUGUCUCUUAUAAUUCUUAAUCGAUUCUUUAAAAAAAUUAAAUGUGUGCUGUUGCUACCCCAGUGUAAAAUAUACACAAAAUGUCAAAUACAGGUUGGCUUAGCAUCAUGCAGUUUCGAGUGAUGCAACGCGGGUCAACGUUAUUUAGUCCGAAAUUAUUGAUGGUCAUUCGGAGCUUUUGUUUUUACUCUGGUUGAAUUAUUUGUAAGAAAAUAAUAUAUACCAAUGAAAAAAUCAAACCCUUAGACAUGUUUUAUUGUUAUUGUUUUAGCAGGUCGUUUAGUCUGGACAAGAGUUCUCAAUACCGCUACACAAAAUUUUAGGUAUGAUCGCUGCUCCACCUUGACGUCAAAAUCCGUGUUGUCGUUGUUAUCAGAUUGCUAUACUGCGCGUAAAUUUUUUAAUGAUCUCCGUAUUUCUGAUCGAAAUUCUAACAAACUUGCACAAAAUGAAGUCAAAGUUAAAUUGAAAAAUUAUAUACAUAAAUUAAAUUAUUUUCGGUCUUACUAUGGGUUCACCGGGAGUUUUAAUGUUGGUAUUACAUAUUUUCAAUAUCCGAUUUCGUGACUGCGCCGGGUACCCCUACCAUUGACACAUUAAUAUACCACUGAGACGAUGAAAUAAAAUAUUUUUAAAAUAUUUCUUGUUUUUAUUACUUCUUAGAGUUUGUCAAAUGUAUAUGCAAAUUUUCACCGAAAAACGUUCAUUAGAAAGAAGAAUAUACACAAUGUCUCAAUAAUUUCCGAACAGCCCUCGUAUAUGUUUAUUACUAUCUUUUGGUGCCAAUGUUAAGAAGAAUGUCGAAAGCUAUAAAAAAAACUUAAAAUUUUGAUAUAGCUAGAUGAAAUGUACGUGGUACAGAAAAUUUAAGGAAAAAUGUUGAGAGAAUUUCAAAAAUUCUAAUGUUGUUCUGUCUGUUAAUUUCAAACAGAUGCUUGUUUAUUGUCUCUUUUCAUGUGUUGGAUUAUUGUAUAAAUUUUGUCCUGGCUAAAGGGUACCUGUCUAUUAUGUUUUAGAAAUUACUGUUUAAUGGCCAAAGUUAAAAUUUUCUUUGUUAAAUUUGUGAUUGACCCAAAUAAGAAUAUGGUAUUGCAGCACCUGUUUCUAAACAAAAAUGAUUUUACUUUUGAACCCAAAACUCAUAAAAUAACUAAUAGACAGUCUGACUUUCUAUUAAUACGUAACAUAAUUACAUUCUACUUUGGCAAUGAUCAUAAUUUUGCAUCUUAAUUAGCACUGGUUUAAUUUUGUUAGUUAAUUUAAGUACAUUCUAAAAUAGGAUUUAAAAAAAAAAUUACAGAAGCUUUGCUUUAAACACAGUAAUUUAUGAUUUUGUUAAUCAGUUGAUGAGUGUACUUCAAAAUGUAAUUUAUGGACAUUUUCAGUAUAGAAAUUUUAUUUUACCUAACAAUAAACCCAAAAUUAAGUGAUCCCCUUGUCAGGAAGGGGCAGCAAAUAAAAUUAUAACUUUGGUUUAGUAUGUAUGAGAUUUAUAUAAGAAGUUAACUCUUUUGUAUUAAAUAUGUGUCUUUGAUAGUGUUAUUGUUUUUUUUUAAUUUUGAAAAUGUGUUUGUGUACAUGUAUAUGCCUCUUUCUAUGUUAUUUACAAUUAUGAAAGUAUACUUCUAAACAUGCUAAAUGUGUAAUCUUUGAAUUCAAAAGCAUCUCUCAAAAUUGAUUUUCAUAAAGAAAGUUUUUAUCUUUUAUUUAUUAUACAAAGUUGCAUAUUUAUAUAAUAUGCUCAGAAAACAUUAAAUUUUGUAAUGUAUUGUGUGAAUGUAGUAGUAGUUAUGUGAAAUAUAUGCACUGCAGUAUUGAGGCCUAUAUAGAUAAAGUAAAACUUAAGGUAAUGAAUUGUUUGCUGAUACAGGUUUUUUCAAGAAAAAAAAAUUAUGAUUACAUAUAUUUUAUUUUAGUUAGUAAAAAGGUGAUUAUGGAAUAACUCGUACAUUUGUGCAGAGCAUUUAGCUUAGGGUAUUUAGAAACCCAUGUUAAUUAGCGUGAAAUCGUUAAUUUUUGCGGAAAUUCAAUUUUCAUUGUUUUUAAGGUAUGGAGAGACCCACUAAUUCAUGUCCACCAUGAAACGAAAAAAAUUGGCAAUGUUCAGUUAAGUAAAUUUCUUCAACCACGAAAUGAAAUCCACAGGAACCUACAUACAUGCAUUUUUUGGCAGAGCAUGAAAUUUUGUCCCCAUGAAAAUCAGUGAUUUUACAGUAUUUUUUUUUUUCAAUAUUAGCAAUCAUAAAAUUAAUUAAAUGUGUUUAUUAAUCUGAUUGCAAGUUUCCAUACAUGAUUUAUUAAUGAAGUCAAUUGAAAGUAAGCGAGCAGGAUUGUAGAAAUUAAAAUUUGUAAAGAACUUGAUAGUUUUCUUCUAAAAAUAUAAUUUAAAAGAGGGAAGCAGUGUCAAUUCAAUUUGAAAGCAUUUUCCUUAUGCACAGUGUUGAAAUUAUAAUUCAAUCAUUUUUGACUUUUUUCUUAAGAAAAGUUGGGGGAAAUUUGUAGGCCUUUUGUGUUGUGUCUGCAUGAACAUAUCAGUGUGGUUCAAGUUAAUGAAUUUUUACUUAACAGUGUGUCACAUGUAUAUGUAUGUCUUAAAUUCAUAUGAAUUGAUCGGCGUGUACUCGCAAAUUAAAUAAUUUCAUUUAUUUAAAUGUGAAAGCAUUCCAGUCAUUUUCUUUCUACAAAAAUUAUAUCACUCAAUAAAAUUAAGUGAAAAGUG